GGUGUGAUCUCCCAGAGAAAAGGAAUGGGUGGGUUGAAAACAACCUUUGCCAAUCUGGUUGCCUCCAAGUGGGGUGGAUUCCCAUACUCAGAAUUAUCCGGGCAGCAUAACCAUUGCUGAGGAUUCUGGGAGUUGGUUCACACACCCAAAGGGCACCCAAGCUGGAUAAGGUUGGUCUAGAACAAUGGUUCUUAAACUGGGGGUAAUUGGGGCAUGUCCUGGAGGUAAUGAAGCCAUUUGUAAUUGCUUGUUUGAGAAUUGAUCCAGUUUGGGACUGCCACUGCUGAGAUGCUUGUGUAAAACAACAGAGUCUGUUUUUUUGAGGUGGGGAGUAGGUGGGUGAAUGACAUUGUUGGAGACUGGGAAAAGAGAUAAUUGGGUCAAACAGUUUUAAGAGCCAGUGGUCUAGAAAAUUAAUUAUAAGUCAUAGAAAUGAAAAGACAGAAUUGCAAUACUUCUCUCAUUCAAAAUCUCUGCACUGAAUUAUGCUCAGAAAAGAGAGAGGAAUAUUGGUGGGGGGCAGAAUAGCUUUUUGCAUCCUGCUGUUGUAACCAGGGAAUUAGUCUGGAGCAUUUGAGGGUCGCAUCGUCUCGGUUCAGUGAUUUGAAAGCUGGAAGAUAAUGGCCAUUCAUCUGCUGGUGCGAUCGAAAGGAUUAAGGAUGUUGACAUGUUGGUCAUUCAUAUUGAUUCCUGGCUUACACUGGUGCCUCAACAAGGCCACUGCCCAUGGACAGUCUUUAGGUGUUUCACGUUCCUCUGGAAGAGCGACGUUACAAGGACAACAGCCAGUUUGGAGAAGGUGACGAGGCCAAAGUAUGCGUGGACAUUAUGCAGAAGACGGGGGCUCAUAUUGAGCUUUCCUUGGCCAAAGACCAGGGCCUGUCCAUCAUGGUGACUGGCAAACUGGACUCUGUAAUGAAAGCACGAAAGGAAAUUGUUGCUCGGCUUCAGACCCAGGCUUCAGCUACUGUCACAAUCCCCAAAGAACACCAUCGCUUUGUGAUUGGCAAGAACGGCGAGAAACUGCAGGAGCUCGAGCUAAAGACAGCCACCAAGAUCAACAUCCCACGGCCUGAAGACCCCAGCAGUCAGAUCAAGAUCACUGGCACCAAAGAAGGCAUUGAAAAAGCACGUCAUGAGAUCUUGCUCAUCUCAGCAGAGCAGGACAAGCGAGCAGUGGAGCGCUUGAACCUGGAGAAGGUCUUCCACCCAUUCAUUGCUGGGGCCUUCAACAAAACAGUCCAGGAGAUCAUACAGGAGACAGGGGCACGCAUCAACAUCCCCCCGCCCAGUGUCAGCAAGGAUGAGAUCAUCAUUACCGGGGAGAAGGAACCUGUCUCCCAGGCUCUCCUGCGUAUCCGGAAGAUCUAUGAAGACAAGAAGCGCAAAACCACCACCAUCUCUGUGGAGGUAAAGAAGUCCCAGCACAAGUACAUCAUCGGCCCGAAAGGAAACACCUUGCAAGAAAUCCUAGAAACCACCGGGGUCUCGGUGGAGAUGCCACCCCUUGAAAGCAGCUCAGAGACCAUCAUUCUGCGUGGGGAGCCAGACAAGCUGGGACCAGCCCUAACUCAGGUCUAUGCCAAGGCAAAGAGCGUGAUGGUAGCUGAAGUAAUGGCCCCAGCCUGGUUACAUCGUUUUAUCAUUGGGAAGAAAGGACAGAAUAUUGGCAGAAUUACCCAGCAACUCCCUAAGGUUCACAUUGAAUUCACGGAUGGCGAUGAGAAGAUCACUCUGGAAGGACCCACCGAGGAGGUGGAAUUGGCUCAAACCCAGAUUCAGGAGAUCAUUCGGGACCUGCUCAGACGAAUGGACUACACUGAGGUGCUUAUUGACCAGAGGUUUCAUCGUCAUCUGAUUGGGAAAAAUGGAGCCAACAUCAACCGCAUCAAGGAACAGCACAAAGUCUCAGUCCGCAUUCCUCCCGACAGUGAGAAGAGCAACCUGAUCCGGAUAGAAGGAGACCCUCAAGGGGUUCAGCUGGCUCGUAAGGAGCUCCUGGAAAUGGCUGCUCGGAUGGAAAAUGAACGCACCAAGGACCUGAUAAUUGAACAGCGCUUUCACCGGACAAUCAUUGGGCAGAAAGGCGAGAAAAUCAAGGAGGUCCGGGACAAAUUCCCAGAAGUAAUCAUCAAUUUCCCUGACCCUUCACAGAAGAGCGACAUUGUACAGUUGCGUGGCCCCAAAAACGAGGUGGAGAAGUGUGCCAAGUACCUCCAAAAAGUCAUUGCAGAGCUGAUCGAAAAUAGUUUUUCCAUCCCGGUUCCAAUCUUCAAGCAAUUCCACAAGAACAUCAUUGGGAAAGGAGGCACCAAUAUCAAAAAGAUUCGAGAGGAAACCAAUACCAAGAUUGACCUCCCUACAGAAAACAGCAAUUCCGAAGUGAUCCUGAUAACUGGGAAGAAGGCUAACUGUGAGGAUGCUCGGGAUCGCAUCUUAGCCAUCCAGAGAGAGCUGGCUAACAUCAAAGAAGUGGAUAUCUCUAUCCCAGCCAAAUUGCACAAUUCACUGAUCGGGGCCAAGGGUCGGCUGGUGCGCUCAAUCAUGGAGGAAUGCGGUGGGGUGCACAUUCAUUUCCCUUCAGAAGGCUCAGGCAGUGAGAAAGUCACCAUCCGAGGACCUGGUGAAGAGGUGGAGAGAGCAAAACGCCAGCUAUUACAUCUGGCUGAGGAAAAGCAAAUCAAUAACCACUCAUUGGAACUGCACGCCAAGCCAGACUACCACAAGUUCCUGAUUGGGCGUGGAGGUGCUAAUAUCCGCAAAGUGAGGGACCGCACCGGUGCCCGGAUCAUCUUCCCCACCCCUGAGGAUAAGGACCAGGAUGUUAUCACCAUUGUGGGGAAAGAGGAUGCAGUACGGCAGGCUCAGCAAGAGCUGGAGAGUCUCAUUCGUAACUUGGAUAAUGUCAUUGAAGACUCGAUGGUGGUGGAUCCCAAGUACCACCGCCAUUUUGUGGCCCGUCGGGGACAUGUGCUGCGGGAGAUUGCAGACGAGUACGGUGGGGUCACUGUGAGUUUCCCCCGGACAGGUGUCCAGAGCGAUCGUGUGAUGCUCAAGGGAGCCAAGGAUUGUGUGGAGGCUGCCAAGAGGCGCAUUCUAGAGAUCAUCAGUGACCUGGAGGCCCAAGUGGUUCUGGAAUGCAUCAUCCCGCAGCGCUACCAUCGGGUCGUCAUGGGAGCAAAAGGUUACAAGGUGCAACAAAUCACUCGGGAUCAUGAUGUGCUCAUCAAGUUCCCGGAGCGAGAUGACAAUUCAGGUUCAGAAGCACAGUCUCAGGAAAAUGGUGAUGUGAUGCCUGAACUGGACACCACUCCUCGCAAAUGUGAUGUCAUCAUCAUUUCCGGACGCAAGGAGAAGUGUGAGGCUGCCCGGGCAGCUCUGCUGGCUCUGGUUCCCAUCACCAUGGAUGUUGAUGUUCCCUUUGAUCUGCAUCGCUACAUCAUUCGGCAAAAGGGAGCUGGCAUUCGCAAGAUGAUGGAAGAAUAUGAGGUGACAAUCUCAGUGCCACAACCGGAACAGCAGUCUGAUAUCAUCAAGGUCACUGGCCUCGUCCCCAACGUGGAGCGAGCCAAGGCCGGCCUCCUGGACAGGGUCAGAGAACUGCAGGCUGAGCAGGAAGAUCGGGCACUGCGAGGGUUCAGGCUGACAGUGAGCGUGGAACCCAAGUACCAUCCAAAGAUCAUUGGCAAGAAAGGGGCUGUCAUUUCCCAGAUCCGUAAGGACCAUGAUGUCACUGUCCAGUUCCCCGACAAAGGGGAUGAGAAUCAGGAUCUAAUCACAAUCACCGGCUACGAGAAAAAUGCCGAGGCUGCCCGAGAUGCCAUCUUGAAAAUUGUGGCUGAUCUUGAGGAGAUGGUCAGUGAAGAUGUCCGCCUGGAUCACAGGGUCCACGCCCGCAUCAUCGGUGGGAGAGGCAAAGCUAUCCGCAAACUCAUGGAAGAAUUCCGGGUGGAUAUCCGCUUCCCGCAGCCGGGCUCCAGUGACCCAGACAGAGUCACAGUGACGGGGCUGCCUGAAAACGUUGAUGACGCAAUUGACCACAUGCUUAACCUGGAAGAGGAAUACAUGAUGGAUGUGGUGGAAACGGAAACCAUGGCUGCUUAUAUGAAGCCCCCCUCCCGCUUGGAAGAGGAGCCUCGGGGCCCAGCCAAGGGCUUUGUAGUGCGUGAUGCCCCCUGGAAUGCAUCUGGGAACAAGGCCCCAGAUGUGAGCAGUGCCGAAGAGUUCCCCAUUUUUGGCACCGGUGUGGUCCCUAAGCAGGCAUCAGUUUGGGGCCCUAAGAAGUUUUGAGGUCAGGGACCACGACUGGCUCUCCAGGCAAGGCCUUGCGGGGGCUCUCUCGCACCAUCAGCUCCCUGCCGCUGGCCGCCUCUUGCUGUCCAGAUUCCUCCUCCUCGCCUGCACUCCUCUCCGUGACUCUGUGCAAACCAUUAACCGAUCAAAAAGCCAUAGCCUCCCUCCUCUUCCUUCUUUUUGAGCCAAAAGUAGGCCAGGUUGUAAGCACACGUAUGUAAAGGAGCCUCAUGCAGCUAGCAGGUUUUUCCUCCCCUCUCCGUGCCAGAUUUCAGGGCAUUAGUAUCUCCUGGCCAGACCCGGCUGUCAGACCCCGCUUCCGCCUCUCAGCCAGGAGAGGAGUAGGCACAAACCUUUCCUGUACUGUCCCUUCUCCUCCUGGGGUGGCUGUUGGCAUGUUCCACGCAUCCAGAUCUCCUGGAGGGUUCGGGGUUCGGACCUGCUGACAUCGAAGCGCGGUUGGCUCACGCCCUCCUCCCCGCCCGCCAAAACAAUCAUCUGCUUUUGGAUGCCCGAAGCAGGUUGACCUCAGCUUCUGUUUCCUGGCCACACCAGUGAAUUUGGAGCUGGCCCUUUGGGAGAGGACUAAAACUGGGGGAAGCGUCAUGGAGGUUGGUGGCUUUUGUGGGGAGGGGGGGUGAAUAUCUAGGAACAAGAUUCUGGCUUCGUGUGGGUGAAAGGCCCACUUUAGAAGCAGGUAGCACUUAGAAACUUUGGCAACAAGCAGCCUUUGUUCUCCUCCCUCUUUUCACUCCCAUG